AUGGAGCCUUCCUAUCCGGGAUACAAUGUCCCUCUUCGUGACAACAUUGAACAUGGGGACUCAUUCCCUAUCGGGGCGCACUGGGCAAAUAACGACAGUGUGACCGAGAUGUUACAGGUCCGCGAGGUCUUCAUGAUGGCUUUGAUGGACCAGUUGACGGACAAGGCCGACUGGGAGAGAAAGGUGUUUGAUGACGAGAUCGUCGCAAAGUGGCGCAAGGAGGCAGUCACACAGCCGGAAGACGACUUGUAUGCCCUCAUCCUAGAAGACAAGGAUCUGGGCAGAUUGAGAAAGCCACGAGAAAGAAUGAUUAACGAGGAUGUAUUUGAGUGUUCGAAAGCUUCAGCCAAUUACGUUCGGAUCAAGCGUCUAAUGUCGACUGGCAUCCGCAGAGCAAUGACAUGGUACAGGACCUGGUUCACCCAUCCAUGUCGUUCACACUUCUUUCCUGCCGAAAUCGUUGGCUUGAAAGGUGCUGUGCAAGAAUGGGCGGGCAAAGGAGAUGUCAUAGUCCCAAAGGGCGCGGAAAUGCCAUCCACAGCGCAGAAUAUUCCAGAAGAGUUCUGGUCCGACAGUUAUCAAUGGCUUCCAGCAAACUUGAAGUUCGACGAUGACGGGUUGGUAAUGUUUACCAGCUAUGUCAACAACCUGCAUCCAGAGAAGUAUCCCGAAAUCUACAAGGCUCUUGAGGAGCUAAUAGACGUAGCUAUCCCGGCCUGGAACCAAUGCUUACCACUGCACAUUGAUGGUAACGAACCGCACAAAGCGGGCAGAGUCGACGUUCGGCUUGACAAGCCAAAGGAUUGCCCUGACAACUCUGACGAGAAGCACUGGACUCCCAACAUCAAGUCAGAACACGUCAAGACGUUUCAGCUCGAGGACAAAGACAAGUCCGAUUACGACUAUACCUAUGAGUCCCACGGCGAUUAUCUCGAGGAUUUGGACAUCGAUUCGGAUACAGAUGAGAAACUCCCAAACCUUGACGACGAGACAUCCCAAGUCCGUAGCGAGAGGCGGGAGUCAAAGCGACGAUUACGAGCACAUCGCGAGGUCGCCUGGAAAAGAGUCAAAGACCCGGCAGAGUUACCUCUUCCUCAGAACUUCGAACAUAUCGACUAUGCACCGCAGCUAGAUUUGCGGAAGAAAUUCAACGAGACUGGCCUUCAAGUCAUUGUGAAGAUGGCCAGCAUAGAAUUGACGCCAGAGAAGCCCCAGUUCCCUUUGGGAAGUUGGCAUAUUGAGGGUCAGCUGAAUGAGAGAAUCUGUGCAACUGCUUUGUAUUACCUUGACAGCGAGAACGUCAUGGAAAGCCAUCUGACGUUCCGAAUGGCAAGCGAAGCGGAGCAGUCCGAGUUCUCCUAUGGCCAAGACGAGUAUGAGUGGAUAGAGAGAGUUUAUGGAACUCUUGUGGGAUCUAUGAGCAGUGACCCCUCUUUACAAGUGUUCGGUUCGGUUGAAACACGACCCGGCAGGUUGCUCGCGUUUCCAAACGUCUUGUAA